AUGGCUACCACCAACUCCAGCAGCUUGGGUAAAACCUCUGCUAGAACGGCAAUAAUUCUCUACGGUUCGGAGACUGGAAAUUCCCGGGAUGUUGCGGAUGAACUUGGGCGCCUUGCAGAAAGGCUGCGCUUCACAGCGCGCGUCUGCGAACUCAAUGCCAUUAAAGCGGAGUCUCUUCAUGACUACGAUAUCGCGAUAUUCGUUGUCUCGACUACGGGACAGGGAGAUUUCCCAGCCAACGCUCAGGUUUUCUGGAAGUCGUUGCUGUUGAAGCGGCUUCCGCCAACAUUCCUUCAUGGCGUAAAUUUUGCUCUAUUUGGAUUGGGAGAUAGCUCGUACCCAAAGUUCAACUGGGCUUCGCGAAAGCUCUACAAGAGAUUGCUACAGCUUGGCGCAAACGAAUUGUACCCGUGCGGCGAAGCGGAUGAGCAGCACCCAGAGGGCUUCGACGGAACAUUUAUUCCGUGGUCAUUGGAUUUGCGGAAGCAUCUGUUGGAUAAAUACCCCCUUGCUCCUGGUCAACAUCCCAUUCCGGAUGACGUCCGUUUACCACCAAAAUGGGUGCUUGCACGCCGAGACUCAAGUAAACCGGAAGUCACCUCUUCAUAUCCAGAUGUGGCGAUAUCGGAUUUACAAUCUGGAAGGCAGUUGAGAGACGCCAGCGUCCCUCCCUACUUCACUCACGACUUGCGGCCCAUUCCGAAUACUGUAUCUGCCACACUUACAAUGAACAAUCGAGUCACACCAGAAAUCCACUGGCAAGAUGUUCGUCACUUAAUUUUAACAACUCCGGGGUCUAUUCCAUAUUCGCCGGGAGAUAUUUUACAAAUAACGCCGAGGAAUUUCGUUUCUGACGUAGAUUCGCUGAUAUCUAUCAUGGGUUGGCAGAAGCAAGCCGACAUACCCCUAUGUUUCGUCCCAAAUGCUGAAUACGUUGGGCAUACCGACAUGUCCACCCCCGAAAUCCCGUUCCUGCUGAGAUCACCUGGAUUUACCCUCCGAACAUUACUGACCGAUUACCUAGACAUCAUGGCGAUACCACGACGCUCCUUUUUCUCCAAUAUUUCCCAUUUUACAAGCGACAUUACGCAUAGAGAGCGACUGCAGGAGUUUACAAAUCCAAAAUACAUAGAUGAAUUUUACGACUAUACCUCGCGGCCCCGCCGCUCAAUCCUUGAAGUACUCCACGAGUUUGACUCCGUGAAAAUCCCUUGGCAACAAGUUUGCGCCGUAUUCCCCGUCCUUCGUGGCCGACAAUUCAGCCUGGCGAGCGGUGGGAAGUUGAAAAAAGUCGAAGUUUUACCCGGCAGCAACAGCACAACUGUGAGUACGCGUUUUGACCUCCUUGUCGCUGUCGUCAAAUACCAAACUGUUAUCAAAAAGAUGCGUGAGGGGGUAUGUACACGCUAUCUCGCAGCACUCCAGCCAGGGAGCUCCCUAAAAGUCCACGUACAAAAGGGCGGACUCAACUCUUCGAUGAGACAACUUCUAGAACCGACUGUAUUAAUCGGUCCGGGCACAGGGGUGGCACCAUUGCGUUCAAUGCUCUGGGAAAAGGCCGCCAUGGCAACUGCGUUUCGGCAGAGGCAUGGUGCAGACGUUCCCGUGCCUUUAGGCCCCAUUGUCUUACUAUUUGGUGGGCGAAAUCGGAAAGCAGAUUUCUUCUUCGAGGAUGAAUGGGAGGAGUUGAAGAAGGUCCUUGACCUUACGGUAAUCACGGCGUUUUCGAGAGACCAGAGGGAGAAGAUAUACGUGCAAGACCGCAUUAGGGAGCAUGCUGAGUUGUUCUUUAGCAUAUUGCAUGAUUUGGGUGGCACGGUAUAUAUUUGUGGAUCAUCGGGAAAGAUGCCACAAGCAGUUAGAGAGGCACUUAUUGAAGUUUUUCAAAUGUUUGGGAGGAGUGUAUCUGAGGAGGCGCCGUAUAGUCGAGAAAUGGCAGAAAAGUAUUUGAUGAAUAUGGAGAAGGCAUUUUUAUACGCUGGCCGGUUAAAAAUUGCGGCGGAAAUUGGGAACCACGUGACUCAGAUCAAGAUCCAACCAAUCGGGAAGCCCCCAGCAGCCGAGAUGUUAUCCGAACGCGGCUAUUCUAUGGCUGAGGCAGGUUUGGAGGCUGAGCAACGAACGACAUUCAACUCACAAGCCGCGACACAUCAAAACUACUGCCCCGACUCACAGCUGCCGCAGAGCUUCAGCAAUUGCGUCAUCAGGCUCAAGAUUGGCAAGGACUGCUGUAUACACAAAUCCGCAUCCCUGUACAUUCUCUAUUUUCUUUCCACAAUGGCUGCAAAUGCGCUCCGAAUACUUGUGCCCGUAAAGAGGGUUAUUGACUUCGCAAUAAAACCCCGCAUCAACAAGACCCAGACUGGCGUCGAAACCGCCGGCGUCAAGCAUUCCCUCAACCCCUUCGAUGAACUCUCCAUAGAAGAAGCUGUUCGCCUGCGCGAAAGCAAGGGACCCAUGUCCGUGUCCGAGAUCCUAGCUAUCUCUGCCGGCGGGCCCAAAUGCGUCGAUACCCUCCGAACCGCCAUGGCCAUGGGAGCCGACCGAUCCAUCCUUGUUGAUGUACCCGAGAAACCGGACCAGUCGGGCCUGGAGCCACUCACCGUAGCCAAGUUGCUGAAGAACGUGGUCCAGAAGGAAAAUAUCAACAUGGUGUUGUUGGGCAAGCAGGCUAUUGAUGGUGAUCAAGGUCAGACGGGACAGAUGCUGGCGGGUCUCCUGGGUUGGCCGCAGGCGACACAGGCGAGCAAGCUUGUUGUGAAGGAUGACAAGGGUUCAAUUGAGGUUACGAGGGAAGUGGAUGGAGGUGUGGAGACGCUCAAGGCCAAGUUGCCCAUGGUCAUCACUACGGAUCUACGACUGAAUACUCCGCGAUAUGCAAGCUUGCCAAACAUCAUGAAGGCAAAGAAGAAGCCGUUGGAGAAGAAAACGUUGGCGGACUUUGAGAUUGUAGAUGAGAAGAGGUUGAAGACUUUAAAAGUCACAGAACCUCCCGCCCGUCAAGGGGGAGGGAAGGUAGAAGACGUCGACGGGAUGAUCUCGAAACUGAAAGAGCUGGGUGCUCUGUAA